AUGAUGAGUACUAGGAGCGGCUUGAAGAAAGCUUUACUUCUUUUUAGGAGAGCUCAAAGCACCAAAGCUAGUGGAGCUUGGACAGAUUUCAGCGAACGAGCAGCGUCGUUGAGAAUAAAUAAUGAUCCUAUCAAGGAGACUUUGUUUGGCAAGGUAGAUCCAGAAAUGGGCCCCGCAUCGUUAACCAACAAGGAAGAGAGGCUAGCGUACCACUCUCCUAUUGCAAUAGACGAAACAUUUCAAAUGGCGUACAAGAUUUUAGAAAAUGAAGCUGAUGCAAAGUAUAAAGUUAUACAUCGUUUGAAGAUGUCUCUUGAAAAUGCGAAAUCUGAGAAGGAUGCACUAACUAUAAAGAAUCAAAUUGAUAAAUAUUUGGUGGAAGCUGAGAUUGAAAAUCCUGAAGUUUUAUACAAUGCCGAGUUUGUCGACCCUCAACAACUAGACAAAUCACAACCAGUGUAUAGACAUUUGUUAAAGGAGAAGUGGGAAAACUAUGACUUGCUAGUUACUAUGCAAAGACUAGAACAGUUACAUGUUAUCCCAGAUACCUUGCCAACAUUGGUACCAAAAGCUGAUGUGAAAGUUAAAUUCACUCACAAUACAGAUGAUCAAUUCAGUCAAUGGGUUACACCGGGUUCAUUAUUACCCGCAUUUGCUGUUUCAGAACCGCCUACAAUACAUAUUCAAGAAUUUGACCGAAUCGAGGGUAACAAAAGCUUGUAUACUGUUUUGUUGGUAAAUCCAGAUACGCCUGACUUGGAAACAAACUCGUUUACAACUACCUUGCACUAUGGCUUGAAAAAUGUUACGCUCAACAAUGUUGACAAUUCGAUAGAUAUCACCAAAUUGUUGAAAGUAGGACCAAAGGUUACUUUUCAAGAAUACGUUCCUUUAAUGCCAGAGAAGAAUGCUCCCGCACAAAGAGCUUGUUUAUGGGUUUUCAGACAAUCCAAGGAACUUGGUGGCAUUGCUGACCUGAAGGAAAAUUUUGACAUUAGAGAAUUCGUUGCUAAACAUGGCUUAACUCCAAUUGGUGCUCACGUUUGGAGACAAAAGUUUGACAGAAGUGUUCCGGAAAUCAGACAAUUAUAUGGUUUGGGAGAGGGACGUGUAUAUGAAAAGGCUAGAAGUAUGGAUCCUAUCAAUCUUUAA